AUGGAAGACAGGUUUUUAGUGGAUAUCCUAGAAGAUGGGUCAUCCAUGCUCCUGGAACAUCUCGACAUGAACUAUGGGCCUCCAAGCUGGAUGUCGUUUGUUCCUCUGACAGAUGAUCAGAUGGCCAACCGGCAUCAAGUGGGACAUUCGCAGGGCCUUGCUUGGAACAGGCGCCAGGCACUGCAGUCUGCAUUAUCAGUUGCAAGCCAGCUUUUAGGCGGUAUGAAAGAAUGCAGAGAAAUGGCUCGGGAAACAGCAAAUAGUGAAGAACAGCGCAACAUUCCCUCUCUUGAAUUCCUAUACUGGAUGUUGAACGACCUUUGCAGUGACAAGUUCGGCUCCUUUGUUUUGGACUUUUUCAGGCACAUUGGCAAACAUACUCUCAAGCAUAUGGGACUGUCCAUUCUGUUUAAUACUGCCACGUCUUGUGAUUCUAUUCUCUACACCGUUUGCGUCAAUUCCGUGGCUUAUAAGUUUCUCAACACGGUAUCCGGGACUGAAAGAGACUAUAAUUUGACUCGGGGGCUCCAGCAUCGCGCACUUCUCUACCGAGAAACAGCAAUAACAGCACUGAAGAAGAUUCCACUUAUGACCAAGCCUUCACUUUCCCUUUUGCAGGCCCUAUUAUGCGGGAUUUUCUUACAGCAAGGAGCUGGCGACACUGACGUUUGCUGGGAAUUGACAAAGACGGCGUGCAGAGUAUGUAUGGACAUUGGCCUCCAUCCUGCAGGCUGCUCCGAGGAGGAGUAUUAUUGCUUCAUGUGGUGCUACGUGUUGGACAGAAACUAUGCCUGGAAACUUGGAAAACCCAGAAUCCUGGCCAUUGAGCCUAAUACCGAUAUGGGCCCUCCGACCUCAAAUACAGUGGCUUCAGAACUAAUUUUAAUUUAUUUGGACCUGGCCAAAGUCCAAGAUAGAAUGAUACCAUUUCUCAAAGACUCUGCCAAGGCGGACAGGAAUGCCUUUCAAUCGUUCCAUGGCGUCGGAACGCACGUUUUGCGGGAGAUGGAGAGCAUCCAGAGAAACAUAGAUCAGAUCAAGCUUCCAUCCACGAACUGGGCAGGGUUAGAUUUCCACCACGAAAUUGCCACUCUCGACUUCGCCUAUCACUCGAUUAUGACCUGCAUCUUACACCUGCAUCUAGCCACACCAGACCAAAAGGCUGCAGAUAAUUAUCUUGGCUCAGCGCGAAGCGAGCUGCUAGCCUUGAUAGCCAUAUGCGCAUCAACCGAUACGCAGAAAACCGCCGCCUAUUUGCAUUGGACCCUUCUCUAUUACCCUUUAACUGCUUACUUUACAGUUUUCUGCAAUGCCGUCGCAACAUGCCAUGCAGGGGACUUUCAGAUCCUAAAGGCUCUCGCGAACUGUCUGGCCGAGAGCGGGGCGAUAAGUCAGCCAAUUGCCACAAUGCAUAAUCUUUUUGAGCAAUUUGUCUCUCUCUCGUGGUGCUUUUUUAGUGAAGAAAACACAAGCAUCUCUGCUGCAGAUGAGUGUGUCGUGCAGCCGCAGUCUUCUUCUCACCACUGGGGGGGUAUAGCUGGAAGUUCCUCGCCCUUAUCAUUGCCUUCCUGGAUGGAAUCUGCUCUAAGCCAGGAAUUACUAACUACACCCACGGUGAGACAGGCUUUUGAACCUACAACUACUUCCUCGGCACUUGAAAAUGCCUUGUGCUGUGAUGAUCCGACGUUCUCUUUGCAGAUAUCCGCCAAUGACCCGGUUUGA